AUGAGCACCAACCACAGCGAUAAUGGGAGAUUGGUUCGCAUCGGCAUGGAACCGCUCAGUAUCCACGCUGGUACAUCUGCCGACCCCCUAACCCAAGCCUUCCUCCGACUGUUCCUCGGCGAACUCGCCAUCCACUUCCCCCACGUCGACCUGCUCUUGGCGAAUCACUUUGAGUCAUGCCUCAAUCUCUCCCCUGAAGAGUAUAAGGUUGCCGUCUCCAUGCCCGUGACCGAAGCCAAUAUGCAAGCGCGAUUCGCCGGGUUCAACCUCCAGCGAACGGGAGACAUUGUCGCGAAGGCGUACUAUUCCUUUGGUGCGAAAGCGGCCAUUCAAGGCGUCUCCAAGACGACUCUCGCCUUGAAGACCCUGCGCAGCAUCGACUCCUACAGCAGUGACCCGAAAUAUUCUGCUGCCGUCUCGGACCUCGAGGGUUUCUUCGCGUCAACCGGUAUCGAGCCCUUUCUCAUGGGGACGGACUGCAUCGAAUCCACCAAGUCCCGGAUCAAAGUUUACGUCAGGGCACCUUGGUUUACCUCCGCAGGCCUGCGGGAUCUCUGGACCCUCGGAGGCAGGGUGAAUACCCCGUUGUCCGCCAAGGGCUUGGAAAUCGCCGAAUACUUCAUGAGCUUGCUGAACUAUACCCCGGAGCAAACGAACGUGGACUCGAGCUUUGCCGCUCUACUCGCCAACUAUGAGCUCAGGAUCGGCUCUCCGCAUCCAAAGCCACAGAUCUAUUUCCCGCUGCACAGGAUAGACGACGAGACGGCAGCGAAUAUCCUGACACGGUUCUUUGACUAUCUGGGGUGGCAGGGUAUCGCCUCCAACUUCAAGGAUUCCAUGCUUUCAAAUAUGCCAUGCCCAUCGUGGAAGGACAACAAGAAAUUCACAAAGUGGGCUGCAUACGCUUAUUCCGAGGCGGGCGUGUAUUUGACGGUCUACUACAAUUCAGCCUCAGCCAAGGCUGGAAGUCUGUAA